GGUUAACAAUAUUAGCUCCACAAAAACGAAACCCUAUCAAUUGGGUGCGAUUUCACGUUUUGGAGGCGCACCGCCGCGGCGCCACAAGGUAAAAACAAGAGAAGAGCGUGAAGAUUGCCUUAUCGCUCGAAGUCCAGAUGGGAAAACCCUCGUCCAUCGUGCAAAUCCCGGAAGAACGGCGUUUUAGCCGGAAAAUGAACGAUCGAUACUCACCCGAGUAUGACACAUCCGGCGACCGCUACCGUCGCCGUCGCAGUUUCAGCGGCAGCCCUAGCCGCAGUCGGAGUCGGAGUCCAGCCCACGGCAACGGAAGGUACGAAGAAUACUCUGAUUAUCGCCGUGUCCGUAGAUCGUAUUCGCCUGAUUACUCAAACCCUAGAAAAAGCCCUAGGUCCGAGAACCUGAGAUCACAGAGAAGAUCUGGCUAUGAAGAUCGCAAGAACGGGGCACCAUCGUUCCUUGACCGCGAUUACAGGAACGAAAGGGUGCCGGAUGCCGACUCAGACGAAGAACUGAGAGGUCUGAGCUUCGAAGAUUACAGGAGGCUGAAGCGCCAAAAACUGAGGAAGAUGUUUACGGUGAAGAGUUAUGUAUGGGACCCGACGCCUAGCCCUCCUAGAAACGAGAACGAUUCAUAUGACCAAGAACCUGAGGAAAUCAGUGAUAAGUACGGGCAGGAGAAAGAAAACGGCUAUUCAAGUGACAAAGAGAAAGGAACGGAUACAAAGGCCAAGCUAAACCGAGAAAGAUCUAGGAGUCGCUCUCCUGAUAGCGAGUCGGCAUCAGAAUCUGAAUCAGGCUCGGACUCGGACGACUCACGUUCGAGGAAGAGCAAGAGUUCGCGACCCAGGCGUGGCGGGAGACGGAAAUCAGGAAGCGAAUCGGUUUCAGAGUCGGAAUCAGAAUCUGAGUCAGAGACAGAAUCAGAUGAUUCACGGUCUGGGAAGAAGAGGAAGAGCAGGAGUUUGAGGUCUAGGCGUGGAAACAGGAAAUCAAAACCAACAAGUGAGGAUGAAUCGGAUGAGGUGAGUGAUGACUCGGAAGAAGAUAGGAGACUGAGCAAGAAGUCAAAGAGUAGGAUGAGUAAGGGAAAGAAGAGCAGCAGGAGAAGUAGCCAUAAGAAAAGGAGUAGCAGAAGGAAGAGUAGAGAUAGGGAAUCUACUGGAAGCGAGACAGAAGAAAGCGAGAGUGAGGGAGGAUCCGAUGCUGGCAGAUCAUCUGUUGAUCGUGUGAAUUCAAAGAAGCGCAAACAUUCUUCUUCUUCCCUGUCUAAGAGGAGCAAGAAAAAGAUGGAAUUGGACUCUCGGAGUUCAAGUUUGGAUGAGAGUUCAGAUUCUCAAGCUGAUGAAAAAAAUAAAUCUAAAACAGAGGAUUCAAAACAGGAUGAGAUAGAUAGGGAAGUCCUUGAGCUCAAAGAGAUGAUUGAAUUGAGGAGGAAAUCUGCUGCAGACAAUGACCCGGUGGUUGGACCAAUGCCAUUGCCUAGGGCUGAAGGACAUAUAAGUUAUGGGGGGGCGCUCAGGCCUGGUGAAGGUGAUGCCAUUGCUCAGUAUGUGCAACAAGGUAAACGUAUCCCACGAAGAGGUGAAGUUGGCCUUUCAGCUGAGGAGAUUCAGAAAUUUGAGAGCCUUGGAUAUGUCAUGAGCGGCAGUAGGCAUCAAAGGAUGAAUGCUAUUCGUAUCAGGAAAGAAAACCAGGUUUAUAGUGCAGAAGACAAGCGGGCAUUGGCAAUGUUCAACUACGAGGAGAAGGCAAAGCGUGAACAGAAGGUCAUGGUUGAUCUUCAGAGACUGGUGCAGCGCCACAUUGGACAGGAUUCUGGCCCUUCUCAUGAUCCUUUUGCUGGGAGGGAAGGAGCUGAUGCUUGAUUGUCAUAUCAUGUAUGUCAAUGCUGUUUCCUUUUUCCGUUGCUGCCUCUUAGUGGUUUCCUUUUGAUUUGGAUGCUGUAAUCUUCAAUAUGCUUUAAGAUUGUCAGCAUUGAUCACAGCAACAACAAUCAUAAACCUAAUCCCGCUAGGGCGGGUUGGCUUUGGUAUAAUUGAGCCUUUUACAGUAAUAUAUCAUUUGAGGUUGUUUAAUUGAA